UUGAUUAAUAGACUAUUACAGAAGGGUUUACAGCCAUUUGAUGUUGGAGGCUGUGGAGAUUGCUUUUUCCGAUCAGUAUCUCAUCAGUAUUAUGGUUCUCCUGACUUUCAUAUUGAAAUAAGGCAAGCAGGUGUUAAAUAUCUUCAAGAACAUCCUGAGUUGUUUGUGGAAAGUGUAUCAGAGCAUUCAUGGCAAAUGCAUUUGCAAAGAAUGACCACUCCUGGGACAUGGUGUGAUAAUAUUAUUAUUCAGGCUGUAGCCAAUCAACUUCAUUGUGUCAUUCAUAUAAUUAUGUCAAGGCUCUCAUGCCCAGAAGGAUCAACAAUUACUCCAUCUGGUGACUGGGAAAUAACAAAAGUAUUGUUUGUUGGGUACAUAGAGGAUUUACAUUAUGUUUCUACAGUGCCA